AAAUCUCCCAGAAAACAUUCCACAAACAACUGGACAGAGAGUAGACCAUCACGUAAUAGAAGACAAGAGGCUCCAUACCUCCAUCACCAUCAACGAAAAGAGUAUAGAAGAAUAGAAUAUCGAGAUCAAAAGAGACACCAACAGUAUCCAGGACAAACUACAUACACGUCACCAUCAAGAGUAAGAGGGUCACUUGACGACUAUCAAAGAAAUGAACAUAGAAAAACAGACUAUCGAGAUCAAGGGAAACACCAACAGCUUCCAAGACAGUCUGGCCAUUCAUCACCAUUCAGAAAUAGAAGACUACCUGAUCACGAGAAACAAUUAUCUCCAACACCAAACCCCCCCCCUCCAGAUCAUAGAAGGACCAAUUUAGAGUCCAAUAGAGCACUUAUUUCCAACACCAACACUGUGAAUGAUUGUUUAGACAAACGGGGGAGGAUUCCCCCCAAAAGAUUCUCGGCGGAAGACUUCAGAUCCCCAGAUGUGAGAAGAAAAAGAACAAUAAGAGACCUAGAAGAAGGCACAGAACAAUACGAAGAACAGACACAACUGAAAAGGAAGAA